GGUCGAGUUCGAAUCGGAUUUCGGACUAAGUCGGAUCGAUCCGAAAGUCUGAGAUUUAUGCGGAUCGAUCCGGUCCGAUCUAAUCCGAUCUGCGUCCGGUAUAUACAAAGUCUGGGUUUUGGGCUUAACUACAUAAACUUAAAAAAAAUCGAGUCUAUCCGAACGUAAUCCCGAAACAUUUGAAUCGAGUACAAAUUCCGACUGGAUCGGACCGAUUGACACCCUACUUUUCGUUCUUUGUAUCGCUAAUUGUUCAAAGAAUGAUGACAGAAAGAAUUAAAUUGCGAUUUUCUUUCUAUUUUUUACUCCAAAAGAUUUCAACCAAGCUAUAAAUCCUACAGUUGUCGAUGCCCAUUUUCUUUGCUUUCCCUUCACUGCUCUCUCUCUCUCUCUCUCUCUCUCUCUCUCUCUCUCUCUCUCUCUCUCUAGUUUCCUCCAUUGCAAACGAAGCUUUCUUUCCAGCUUUAGUAGAGAUUCACCAACCAUCUGGCCCACCUUCGCCCCCUUUUUUUUUGUACCCUCGCAAUUUUUUUUACAGACGUAUUCCUGUCUUCGUAUCCAUGUAUGUGGGUAUACAUACAUAUAUACACGCUCCCCAUAACCCCAUUUUCUUUUCGGUUGAUUAGGUUUCCUGGCUUUUUUCCCUUCUGUUUCCUUGUUCUAAUACCAUUACCAUAAAAUCGAUUUCCUUUUUGUAGAUGUUUCAAUCUUCUGGUUGGCGCGAGAAACUUCAUCUGCAAUUCAACGUCGGCAUAUCUGUGCCUAUUGCGUUCUGCAUUCUCCGAAAUUUUCUUCGGUUCGCUUCAGAAACAAAAAAAAGGAGUGCCCUUUUUCUCUUUUUCUUCGUUUCUACUAUUCCAAGAGGAAGAUAAAUCAAAAGGGCUACGCUUAUUUCGUCGCAUUCUGAGGAAGUGAUGCUUUUCCAGUGUUUUGAGAGUUGGGCAUUUCCUUUUUUCCAGAAUUUUCACGUCAGUAUGCUUGAUUACGGCGGGGCAAUUCAUUGCCUAUUACUUGUUUGUUGAUAUGCCGCAACUAAUUCUUGAAAGAUUUACGCUUUUUGAAUCAUAUAUUAAACACUUCCUUCGCUUGAAAGGUUUACGCUUUUGAAUCAUGGCAUGACUCCUCUUUGUCCUACGGCUUCUGUGUUGCUUGGAGUUGGAAUAACAUCUGAGAGAAUCAGACGUGUUCUUGCCCUCUUGAUGUGCGCAUAUGUUAAUUGGCACUUUCUCUUUGUACUUGGGGGGAAAGUCGUGCUAGGACUUUGGUCGACGUUGUGAAAGAAGGCGAGCCAGUUUUGACAUCAGAUACAAGAUCAAAGAUGAGCAGCCCUUUGGGCGCUGAAAUGUCGAAGACAAUAUCGAUUUUCGGUCUAAAGGGUUUGAAGUUGUGGGUAUUGAUUUGUUUUGUAGUUGGCGUAAUCAUAGUUUUGGUUCUCUGCAUCUUAUCUCUCUGGGUUACUUUCCGUCGAAAAUCCAGAAAAUCAACAGAUAAGUUCCCCUUCAACCAGAUACCAUAUGUGUCGAAAGAUAUCAGGGUUGACAGAGUUGGGCUUCAGAGUCAGAACUCUCACCCUGAGAGUUUGCAUCUCACAGUAAAUGAUCAUAAAUCCAGUGACAGAAACUCGGAGAAAAUGAUGACCUAUUUGGGCAGAAGCAAGUCCAGUGAUAACGAUAAUUUAAGUCAAUGUAGCUCGGUGCAUCAUCACGAGAGAGCUUGCAGCUCGCAAUCUGGUGAAGAAGGAAGCUUUGGAGGGACUGCUUGGAGGCAAUCUUCAUUAUCAUAUGGAGGGCUUGUAACAGCAUCACCCUUGAUCGGUUUGCCAGAUAUAUCACAUCUUGGUUGGGGACAUUGGUUUACCCUUAGGGAUCUCGAGCUAGCCACAAACCGUUUUGCUGCAGAGAAUGUGCUUGGUGAGGGUGGUUAUGGAGUAGUUUACAGGGGUAGACUCGUGAAUGGUACCGAGGUUGCUGUGAAGAAGCUUCUGAACAAUAUGGGACAAGCAGAGAGGGAAUUCAGGGUUGAAGUUGAGGCAAUUGGUCAUGUACGGCACAAAAACCUUGUUAGACUUUUAGGAUACUGCAUAGAGGGAGUUCACAGGAUGCUUGUUUAUGAGUAUGUCAAUAAUGGUAACUUAGAACAAUGGCUACAUGGAGCCAUGCGCCAACAUGGCGCUCUCACUUGGGAAGCCCGCAUGAAGAUCAUUCUCGGUACCGCACAAGCGCUUGCUUAUUUGCAUGAAGCAAUUGAACCGAAAGUAGUGCACAGAGACAUAAAAGCAAGCAAUAUAUUGAUUGAUGAUGAGUUUAACUCGAAAAUCUCUGAUUUCGGAUUAGCCAAGCUCCUGGGCUCUGGUGAGAGUCACAUUACGACCAGAGUCAUGGGCACCUUUGGCUAUGUAGCACCAGAAUAUGCUAAUACAGGAUUGUUGAAUGAGAAGAGCGACAUCUACAGCUUCGGUGUUCUGCUUCUUGAAGCUGUGACUGGAAGGGACCCAGUUGACUAUGGACGUCCUGCUAAUGAGGUGAAUCUCGUUGAAUGGCUGAAGAUGAUGGUCGGGACAAGAAGAGCUGAAGAAGUUGUUGACCCGAGCAUUGAAACCAAACCCAGUACACGUGCUUUGAAACGUGCCCUUCUAGUGGCACUGAGAUGUGUGGAUCCUGAGGCAGAGAAACGGCCAAAAAUGAGUCAGGUUGUACGGAUGCUUGAAACAGAUGAACACCCGUUUCUUCAGGACCAGAGGAGCAGAAGGAGCAGAACGACGAGCAUGGAAAUUGUCGAAACUACAGAGGAAGCAACCGGCACUAGCAAAGGGCCUGGCCAUUCAGAGAGCCAUACUUCGAGACCUGAGAAAGCUCCUGAAUAGGAAGAAGAUAUCACUUGUUCCGCUUGACAACUAAAUACACGCUUCAUUUUCCGGACGAGUUUCCCGCUUGUGGAGCAGAUAAACGAGUUGGAUUACAAAGAGAAUCAAAUCUCACGAUCUUGAGAUUUCAGAUGACGGAAGAAUGGCUCUUGUUGUAUCUAACACCCUGUGGAGUAAGUGAUGGCCGAAGCAAUGCCAAGGGGCGGCUUUUCGAUUUCUUGAUCGAUAGCGAGUUUUUUCUGAUGCAAAAAAAGGCGUUUUUUUCCUUUCUUCUGAAAGUAUCUUUCUCUCUUGCUUUCAUUCCUUCACUGUUACUCUGAUGGAGAUCUCAUUUUCUGGUUCUUGCCAUAUAGGCUUCAACUUUGGUAGCUUUUUUUUCUAAGCCUCCUUAAUGUUUUUGUACAAGAGAGUUAAUGUAUUUGGGUAUAUGAUCAGAGUUUUGAGUA